GUGGAUGCUGUAUGUGUGUGGAUGCUGUGUGUGGAUGCUGUGUGUGUGGAUGCUGUGUGUGUAUGCUGUGUGUGUGGAUGCUGUGUGUGUGUGGAUUCUGUGUGUGUAUGCUGUGUGUGUAUGGAUGCUGUGUGUGUAUGCUGUGUGUGUAUGGAUGCUGUGUGUGUGUGGAUGCUGUGUGUGUGGAUGUUGUGUGUGUGUGGAUGCUGUGAGGGGGUGCUGUGUGUGUGUGUGGACGCUGUGUGUGUGUGGAUGCUGUGUAUGUGGAUGCUGUGUGUGUGUAUGCUGUGUGUGUGCUGUGUGUGUGUGCUGUGUUUCUGGGUUUCAUGGGUCCCUCACUGUCCUGUGCAGCAGAGCUCAUGGGCCUCCUGCUUUGACAAAGGAGCCUUCAGCCGCUGCUACAAGCUCACAGAUAUGUCCACCAGCGCGGUGUUCGCCCUCAAGGUGGUGCCAAGAGGCGGGGCGGGGCGGCUGCGCCUGCGCGGGAAGGUGGAGCGUGAGAUCGCCCUGCACAGCCGUCUGCGCCAUCGCAACAUCGUGGCCUUCCACGCACACUUCGCAGACCGCGACCACGUGUACAUGGUGUUGGAGUACUGCAGCCGCCAGACCCUGGCUCACGUGCUGAAGGCGCGGAGGACGCUGACGGAGCCUGAGGUGCGCUAUUACCUUCUGGGACUGGUCAGCGGUCUGCGCUACCUGCACCAGCAUCGCAUCGUGCACAGGGACCUGAAGCCCAGUAACUUCUUCCUUAACAAGAACAUGGAGGUGAAGAUCGGAGACCUGGGGCUGGCUGCCCGGAUGGGGCCCACCGGUCACUGCCACAGGGUGCUCUGCGGAACCCCAAACUUCCAGGCUCCUGAAGUGGUGUCCCGCAGCGGACACUCCUGCAAGUCUGAUAUCUGGGCUCUGGGCUGCGUCAUGUACACCGUGCUGACGGGCACACCCCCCUUCGCUGCGGUGCCCCUGUCGGAGAUGUACCGACGUAUCCGGGAAGGCCACUACCCCGAGCCCGCUCACUUGUCUCCCAGCGCCCGCAGCCUCAUUGCGCGGCUCCUGGCACCCGACCCUGCUGAGCGGCCCAGCCUGGACCACGUACUCCAGGACGAUUUCUUUACUCAGGGCUUCACUCCAGAGCGGCUGCCUCCACAUUCCUGCCACAGCCCGCCCGGCUUUGCCUUCCCACCACCGCUGGGCAGAUUGUUCCGCAAAGUGGGCCAGCUCCUGCUGACCCAGUGCCGGUCACCUUGUCCCUUUACCUCAAAAGAGCCUUCAGGCCCUGCAGAAGAAGGGACGGAACCUGACCAUGUGGAGUUCAGCAAUGAGGACAGGGCUCCUCUCUGUGCUGAGAGUCCAGUCCUCCUCACACUCGGGACCCUGCAGACCAACCUAGCAGACCCAAAGGGGAGCUGGGCUCUUCAGGUGGAGGCGGCAACCAGGAAAAUGCACCUAUGCCUGGAUGCAGCACCUGUGGCUGCCCAGGAACCCCCAGGGGAGCAGCGGCCUGUCCUCUGGGCUUCCAAGUGGGUGGAUUAUUCCCUCAAGUACGGCUUUGGCUACCAACUGUCCGAUGGGGGGAGUGGCGUGCUGUUUCGGGAUGGCUCCCACAUGGCCCUGCGCCCCCAAGGAGGCCAUGUCUCCUACCAACCUGACCAAGGGACUCUGUGGACCUUCGCCCUGAGGGAUGUCCCCAGCCCACUGCGUGCCAAGCUGGCUGUCCUGCGGCUCUUUAACUGCUAUAUGCAGAGGCGUCUGAGGGAGGAGGGGACUGUGUCCAUGGCUGUGGCACCCGCUUCACCUGACUUCUCUCUGCUGAAUUUCAUUGCCGAUUCCUGGGCACUGGUUAUGUUGUUUAGCAAUGGGACCGUGCAGGUCAGCCUCAGGACGUCCCAAACACAGCUGGUACUGAGUGGGGAAGGUGAAGGCUUUCUGCUCACCCUCUGGGAGCUGGGAAGGCCGGGUACGGGCAGCUCCUACUCACUGGACGUCCUACGGAGUCAUGGCUGCACUCCCAUCAUCCACCAGCACCUGCGCCAUGCGCUACGCCUGCUCCACAGUGUCAGAUGAGUCAGAAAGUCUGACUGAACCUCUGCAUGUUGGUGCUGGAGACCUGGGCUCUAUCUGCUUCUGUCUGCUUCUGCUCUACAGUUGGCAUCCAUGGAGGGUGGACACAUUGGGGUCUUUGAUUUAUGGUAUGAGCUGGGCGGUGGUGGUGCAUGCCUUUAAUCCCAGCACUCGGGAGGCAGAGGCAGGUGGGUCUCUGUGAGUUCGAGGUCAGCCUGAUCUACAAGAGCACAAAGGACAGGCUCCAAAGCCACAGAGAAACCCUGUCUUGAAAAACCAAAAAUAAAAUAAAAUAAGAUUUAUGGUAUAACUAAGAUAGAAUUUUGUUGGGCCAUGAUGGAUUUUCUUUAAAAAUUAAAAUAAAAACAUUAAAAAAAUGUUUCUGUAA